AGAUGUUAAGACACGAUCCGGACUAUGUUGUGUAUACAGUUCGUGUUUUAAAAGUUUUUGCGAGGUGAAUUUUUUUCAUAUUUUUAAUGUUUUAUUAUAAAUGAUUUUUUACAUUUCGGUCUAGUCAUGAUACCUCAGAGUAAGAGCUUCCUCGUGCGGAUAGCUUUCUACUGGAAGCCGCUUUUUUCAGGGAAAUACCUGUUAGUGACUAACAUUGUCAGCAGUGGAGGCAUGCUCGCGGUUGGGGACUGCAUUCAGCAGACCAGAGAGAGGAGACAAACACCGGCUAAGACCAGGGACUGGCAGCGCACAGGGCGAAUGUUUGCAGUUGGAUGUACCAUGGGACCGUUUCUGCACUACUGGUAUCAGUGGUUGGACAGGGUUUAUUCUGGAAGAAUCAUAAAGACUGUUGCUAAGAAAGUCUUGAUAGACCAGCUUGUUGCCUCACCACUUUUUGGAGCAUGGUACUUCAUAGGUAUGGGCAUGAUGGAGGGUCAUGGCUUGCUCCAUGGCUGCUCUGAGUUUAAAGAGAAAUUCUGGGAGUUCUAUAGGGCGGACUGGUGUGUCUGGCCAACUGCACAGGUGUUCAACUUCUACUUCUUGCCAGCUAAGUUUCGGGUGUUGUACGUAAAUACAGUUACACUUGGAUGGGACACUUACCUCUCAUAUCUCAAGCACAGGGAUGACCAGCAAAUUGAUGUACAGCCAGAGGACUCAUCAAUGUCUCCUCCCUCAAGCAAACCACUGGAUGAUAAACUAUAGGGCCCCACCAAUGUGAGCUUAAAUUUCAUAUUUCAGAUAUUCUUACUUAACUCUUAAAAUACUUUAGCCUUUAAUUGAAUAAAUAAAUUAUUUAACUCCAUAAUUCUAUUCAAGGUGUCAGUGUAAACAAGUUCAUACACAUGUACUGAGCCUUAUCAGGUGUUCUCAAAACAUUUCUAGAUAUGGUCACAUUUUUACUAGUGAAGGAAAUUAUACCUGUUUUCAGUGUCAUUUAGGGCAGCUUGCGAAUGAUACACGCUGGCCACUUUAUUAGGAACUAGUGGGUAGCACAUACUCAGCUCUCAGGCCUUAGGUUUUCUUUGCAUGAACUCCAGAAGAUGUUGGAAGUAUUCCUUUGAGAUUGCGGUCCAUGUUGACAUGAUUAUAAAAUAUAAAUGGUGCAUUUAUAUGGUUUCAUUUGCAAUUUCAUGUUGUGAAUCCCUUCUGCCAAAUCCUAAAAGUGUUAUCCAAGAUCCAAGAAACCAGUUUCACCAGAUAACAAUGUGACAUGAUGAAUUAUCAUGCUGGAAGCAGCAUUAUGAGUUGAGUAAACUUUAGCCCAUGAAGUCAGAGGUAGAUUGCACAUAUGUGUACAUUCAUCCAUGUUUAUAUCAACUUGGACAUUUUAGCAGUUUAGAAGCUGUUGCGUUUGGCUGAGACCCUGCCACUGUAGCUUUAUAUUCUUGUUUGACUUUGUCAACUUCGGCUGCUGUAGAAUCCACAUCAAGGUUAAAUAUGAUGUGCAUACCGAAAUGCUUUCUUUUUCAUCACAGUUGCAAAGAGCAGAUAUUGAAGGUAAUGUAGCCUUUCUGUCAUAUUGAACACCUCUCUCCACAACAAUAUGUUUCUGCCCGAGAACUGCCAGUCAUUAGUUUUUUUGGUUGGUGGUUGUUUGCACCAUUUUAUGAAUCUCUUUUUUCUAAAGUAUUCAAACAAGUCAAUGAGGUUCCAACAAGCACACCACAGUUAACAUCACUGAAGUCUUUUACCCUAUUCCCAUAUUUGAUCUGUCUUGCUUCUUGAACAGUAUCUGCACAUAAUUGCUGCAUGACAAGAGUACAGGUGUUCCUAAUUAAGUGGCCAGCAAAUUUAUUUGUCUACAUGCAAAAAAGCAGUGCAGUGGAUUGUUCUGAUGCUGCCUUAUACACAUAGUUGAGAGUCAAACACCCCUUACCAUUCAGACUACUGAACAACAUAGAUGUUUGCACUAGACAUUUUGAUUAAAUCACACUGUGAGAGUAGCAGCAUUGGCAACAUCCACAAAAAUUAAAUUAAUGUUUGAACAUUAAAUAAAAACAGUCCAUUUGCAGACUGUAUAUACACUAAUGCUGUGUACAGUAUUAAAACUCGAGAUGGCGAAUCCCCUUUUAUAGAAGUCUAAAUCAUAUCACUUGUUCUCUGGUACUGAGAGUGUAAAAUGAAUCAAACUGUUAAAAAGCUGUGAUUUUUUUUUUUUUUUUUUUUACUAUUUAACAUUUGAAUUGUAAAAUCAUAUUCCAUGCUCAAUGAGCUUUGUCUGAAGUGUAGUUCUGUUACACUGUGCAAUUUUAAGGAAUUUCUCGGUUACCUGUAACACUCCACAACUGUCAGUUUUUUCAGGGAUUUUUGCAAAUCCUUGCUGAUUUUUUAACAAUCAUUCCUUUAUUACAGUUGACAAAACAGUUACAUAAAUUGUUAGUGUAAAGUAGUAUUUUCGAAGAUUUGUGUGCAAAUGAUUUAUUUUUUGCAAAUGGCUGUUUUUUCAUGUUUUUGCUUCUAUUUGUCUCCUUUGCCUUAAUUUAUACAAUGUUUACACCUUCACUUUAUUCAAUUAUCCAAUCAGCCUUUCAGACACUGAUCAAGAACUUCAGUUAAUGGUUACAUCAUACACCAUAACAGAAAAAAAGGUGUGAUCAGGAUUUGGCAAGCUGAAAUGCCUUUUUUGUUCAUCACAGUUGUAAAGAUUGCUCAAUUGAGUUAGUAUAGUCUUCUUGUCAGAUCAAUUCUAUUCACCAUUCUUCUCAGAUCUCGCUCAUAAACAAGGUGAUUCUAUCUAUAGAAUCGUGUGAUAAUCCAGGAGGUCAGCGGUUUCUGAAAUACUCAAACCAUCCUGUCCUUCGUCAACAAUUAUGUCACAGUAAAAAUCACUGAGAUCACAUGUUACACAUUUUAAGGGGUGAUAAGAACAUUAACUGAAGCUCUUGAUAAAAUCUACAGGAUUUUAUGCUUUUCACCGCUGCCAUGUAAUUGGCUAAUUCGAUAAUUACAUAAAUGAGCAGGUAUAGCAAUGUUCCUAUUAAAUUGGACACUGUUUGUAAAUGCUUUGUGCGUUGACCUGUGUCUAGUCAGAAAAACGUUUAUUAGAAAUUAUUUAUUUUAAGACAUUAAAUAGAAAUGAUUCAUUUUUAAACUGUAUUAUUAUUAUUAUUAUUAUUAUUUCUUGUUUCCUUUUUUAAUUACAGCAUAUAUACUAACAGAUAUCUGUCCUGUACUUUAUGUGCAAAGCAGUCCAAAUAGUAAUUAUCUUUACACUAGUUCUGCACUGGUUUAUCUGUGUUUAAAGUUGUUUACAGGAAUAUUUUAAUCAGAAUUUUAGAACGGUUGAAGCUGUGCUUUACCAAAGAUUUGUGCCAUUGUAAAUAUAAUUAAAUAAACAAAUUAUAUAAUGUAAAUGUGAUUUUAGGACUUUCAUUUAAUUCCUUAAAAUGUUUUUUCUAUCA